AUGACAGGCAUGCAAGGACUUGCAUGGGUUGGCCUGUUAUAUCUGUAUUAUGCAGGUGCUGUUUUAGCGGCCGGUAAUACGACGUGUCUUAGCGGUCAAUUGGAUUGGUACACAAGCGCAGUUGGUGAAACGCCUUAUGUGGUUGGCAAUUUUGCGGCGACCACCCCUGGUGAUCGUUGCAAUGAUCAAGUUGGAGAUUGUUGCUGCAAUUCUGUCGCAUUCGCAUUAAGCAUGCUCUGCAUGAAUUGCCAACUAGAUGCUGAUCCAAGCGGCAAUGCAACUGGAAUUGACGCGGCUCCUGGAACCUAUACUACUUAUCUCGCGACAUGUUAUCCAAUUACAAAUCAAUCGCUCCCAUCAACCGUCCAGCAAGCUGUGUGCAACGAAAAUAUCAAACUUGAUAAUUUUCUGUACAAUAGAUCCUAUUGGGGUGAUGGAUCCUGUACUUGGCUUACCCUGAACCAGGUACUAGUAGCAAACAACAAUAACACUUUCACGGUUUGCCCGAACCAAGUCUCACCUUCAGCAUCCCUUCCUACAUCGACAUCGGUCCCUACUACAACUCUCACUGGCAUCGGUGCUGCCUCUGCAGUCCCGUCUAGCUCUGCAAUCCCGUCUAGCUCUGCAAUCCCGUCUAGCUCUGCAAUCCCGUCUAGCUCUGCAAAUAAUACUUCAUCUACUUCAUCCAGUGCGCAGGGAGCCAUCGUCGGUGGUGCAGUGGGUGGCGCCGCGUUUGCCAUAAUCGCAGUGCUCGGUGGAGUUUUCUGUUACAGGCGACACAAGAAGCCUCGCAUGAUCCAGGACACGCCAUCCUCGUUUCUUGGUCAAUUCCCUGACAACCAGCUUGUCUAUGGAGCGUCCUCCACGGAUACCGAACCAGCCACUCAGAGAUAUAGCAGUCUCAGUCCCGUUCGACGAUCUCAUGGGUAUAGAGGGUCUACUCCCCCGGUGACGCAUUCCUUGAGCCCUGAGCGGGGCCAAUCCUUAAACACAUCCACUGGCACGUCAUAUCUUGUGAAUGACAGUGUGUCGGAAGCAGCACUUUACAGCCGAGAAGAUGAUGCUGGCACUUUGAUCCCUCCCGAUGAUGCACCUGCAGAUAGGCUUCCGCCUGCGUAUCAUCCAUCUUGGGUGACCAGAAAUGCGCCGCCACGCAACUCAGGCCCUAGUGAAGACUGCACGGCCGAACAAUGGAAUACGCCCAGGAAGUCUAACGGGGGUUCCGCACGAGAAAAUAGCGUCCAGGUGGAGUACUGGCAGCUAAAACUCUGGGUCAUCCUUGAGACGUUGAACUGUGCGAAGACCACCUCCGUCCUAGCAACGCCUACGACCAUCUACAGCACCGACGACAUACGUACACCAUGCUUUGUCACCUCGGGGAGCCUGUGGGGAGAAGCAGCUAUCAAUGGUUAA